AUGUCCGCCACCACCUCCCUCCCGCUCCUCUCGCCUCUCGUCACCCGCAUCCUCGAGCUGUCUGGAUUCCCGCCGGAGCUCAAGACCAAGGACAUCCAGCAGGUCUUCUCCGCCUGGGAGGACGACAAUGGCGGCUUCAAGAUCAAGUGGGUCGAUGACACGACCGCCCUCAUCAUCUUCAACGACCCCAUCGUCGCCAAAAAGGCCUACCUCCGCACCCUCAUGUCCCCCCCCCUCUCCCUUAUCAACAAGAACGGCAUCGCCGCAAAGGUCCGCCCUUACGACAAGGACGACGCGAGCGCUGUCAUUGCUAGCGUCAACGCAAGGCAGCGUUCCCGAUCCAACGCCAGCGGAUUCGGAAGCCCUUCAAAGACGGCCGCCGAGCUCGUCCACCCUCUUCCCGAGAGCCCGUCCAAGGGGCUCCGCGGCCACGCCCACACACCCUCAUUUGGCCGCUCUUUUGGCCACCGCCGACAGCAGAGCGGCUCGAACCCCAACCUGCCUGCCAAGCCCGUGGCGGCGGCUCUCUUUGACGCGGCCAACGGUGGACCCUCGCCUGCCAACCGCGUCCUCGCCGGCGUCGAGAGUCUCAACGGCAUCGCAGGUCUUCCCGCCAACCCUCUUGUCGCUGCCCGCACCAGCCCAAAGGCGGGAAGCAGCAGUGCCGGCUUCAACGGCAGCGCCAGUGACAGCGCCGAAAAGGGCAGCGAUGUCGACGUCGAUCUGAGCAAGCUCGACAUCAACGGCACUGCUGCAGGCAAGGAGAACGACGGCUCGGUCCUCUCGGAGUCGGCUGGAUCGGCGCCUGCCAACGGCGCGGGCAGCGGCAGAAUCGGCGAUGCUGGCAAGCGCCUUGUCGCUGGUGCCCUUGGCAUCCGCCACCCGGGUGUCGUGCGCAACACGGGCUCGCCAUCGAGCUCGACCGUCAGCAGCCCCUCGAGCACGCCUCAGCUUCAGGCCGCUGCUACCGUCGUCAAUUGA